AUGCGUUUCACGGUCCGCACGAGCAGGGCGGCUGUCGUUGCGUUAUUCGGAGUUACAGCGGGGAGCAAUGUGACAAGGAUCGGCGGGGAAAGAAACAAGAGGAAGGAUCAGGGGGGCUCUCUCUGUUGUCCCCAGUGUGGCAAGUACACUGCAGAGCUGACCCUCCAGCCCAACCGUGUAUUGAGGAAUGUGGCGGAUAAGAUUCGCAGGCUGACCAGCCCGCAAGAGGUGGAUGAGGAGGAGAGAUGUCUGUGCCAAGAGCACCAAGAAAAACUGAACCUUAUCUGUGAGACAGACGGGAUGUACAUCUGCUCGGUGUGCAGGGACUCAAAGCUUCACCAGCAGCACAAAUUUAGGGAGCGAAGUGAAUUCCUCACAACAUGUAAGAACAAAGGAGUCGCUUCCUUAAACUCACUAAACCAGAAGGUGGUCUCUUUGAAAGAAGUGCUGCAGAAACAAGGACUCGAGAUUGCACAAACUAAAGAAAUGGGCUGUAAUCUGAUUUGCCAUGUUGCACAGCAGUUUGCUGAGCUGCACCAGUUCCUCAAUGAGCAAGAGCAACAGUUGAUAGAAAAACUGGAAGCUGAGGUGGAAAGCAACUUGGCAGGAAUGGGAAGGAAUGUGUCAAAAGUCCGUGGAAUACUCUUCUCUACUGAGCUGGACAUCACUAACAUGGAGGCCAAACUGGAGCGAGGUGACCUGACCUCCCUUAAGGAGGUUAAUUCUUGGAGGGACAGGUUUUCUGAAGAGACACCCACUACUCUGUUGGGGAAUAUGUGCCUGGGGAUAUACAGAGGCCCUUUACAGUACAAACUGUGGAGGGAAAUGAAGAAAAUCGUCCAUCCAGUUCCAGCCGCCCUGACCCUGGACCCUCGAACAGCAAACCCUUGGCUGCUGCUGACUGAGGACCUGACCAGCGUGACUGCCAUUGAUACCAAGCAGCUGCUCCCUGACAGCCCGGCCAGGUUCGACGUGUGCGUCUCCGUCCUGGCUGCUGAAGGCUUCACGGUGGGGAGGCACUACUGGGAGGUUGAGGUGAGCGGCAAGUCCAAAUGGGACCUGGGUGUGGCCAGAGAGUCCAUCAAUAGGAAGGGAGAUAUCGCCUUGAAGCCCGAGAAUGGAUACCUGGCACUGUCGCUAAGCAAUGGGGAGCAGUACUGUGCUCUAACCUCCCCGACAGUCACCCCGCUGGCUCUGGGGAAGAAACCCAGCCAGGUUGGUGUUUACCUGGACUAUGAGGGAGGCCAAGUGUCCUUUUAUGAUGCUGCUGACUUGUCUCAUCUCUACACUUUCACAGAGACAUUUACCGAGAGAAUGUUCCCUUACUUUUGCCCCUGUUUGAAUGACACUGGAGACAAUGGUGCUCCUCUUGUGGUAGUUUCCUUAAGUUGACUGUGUCCUUAAAGAUUGAUUCAGCUCUGGCUGCUCAUGACUAGGUUUCUAUGAGUAAAAAUACUCAUUACUGGGAAGAAUGAAUUAAUAGAAUCACCCUAAUCUGCAUUGUUCAAUCGCUAGCGAGUCCAGUGGGUGAGGGAAUGUGUAUUCACCAAACUUCUACUGUCCAUGCAAUCCACACUCCCUGUCCACUCGGUUUCCAGGGCUGAUGUUUCAGUAUAUCUGUUAGAGGAAUGCACAUCUUUUCUACAAUGAAAUGUAAGAUUAAUAAAUUUCAUCUUUGUCAAAAAGCAAAA